AGUUUUAUCUUUCUGAGUGGUCAGAUCACCUCGCACAGAAAAAUGCAUCAAACAAUUCAACACGUGGAGAGAGUGUUCUACACCGCCUUAGCUUUUAUCGGCACCCCUGUAAAUUUACUGGCAAUUGUUAUCCUUUCCCGGGGAAAAUGUGGAGUAUCCCCUUGCACUACUCGUUACCUGGUGGUUAUGGCAGCUGCUGAUCUGAUGGUCAUCUUCACUGAUGUUAUACUGACAAGCUUUCGCACUUAUUAUUACCCGCUCUGCUUCCUGGACAUCACACCUGUGUGCAGUGUCAACAUGGUGCUGUUCCGUACAGCCAGGGACUGCUCCGUCUGGUUCACCAUCACUUUCUCCUUUGAUCGAUUUGUGACCAUCUGUUGUCGGAAGCUCAGAACGAUGUAUUGCACCGACAAAACUGCAGCUGUGGUCCUCACAUCAACCAGCGCACUACUCUCUUUGAAAAAUAUCCCCUUCUAUUUUCAGUUUGAACCAUGGAGGAUAAUCGAAAAUGUACCGUUCUACUGUAAAACAAAGUCAGGCUACUUUACUGAGACUUGGUGGGUGGCGUUAGACUGGCUGGAUACUGUUUUAACUCCUUUACUGCCAUUUGCUUUAAUUCUGUUGUUCAAUGCAUUAACAGUCAAACACAUUUUAGUCGCAAGUCGUGUUCGGAAGAGGCUGAAGGGUGAGAGCAAUGGUCAGAAUCACAGAGACACAGAGUUGGAGAGCAGAAGGAAAUCUGUGAUUUUGCUUUUUGCCAUCACUGGGAGCUUCAUCCUUCAGUGGUUAAUGAUUGUUGUAUAUUUCUUCUCUUACAUCUUUCAGGGUAACAAUAGCGCUGAUUACUCAUCUUUUCUACUUCACUUCAAAAAAAUUGGUAUAAUGCUACAGAGGUUAAAUUGUUGCACAAACACAUUUAUUUAUGCAGCAACAUUGUCCAGGUUCAGAGCGAAAGUACGUAACGCAGUAAAGUACUUGGUUACACAAAUUCCUUGUGUUGUAAAUAAAUAA